UGGAUUCGACGUUUGCCUUAUCCGUUGAGCUCUCUCUUCUUCCUCUGAAUCCGAAAUUCCUAGGAAGAGAAGAGAACAAUGGCGCAGAUGGUUGCGAUGCCCGUAGCGCACUCGCUCUCACUCAUUUGCAAUUGGACAAAACCCAGUCCUCUCUCUCGCAACACUCUUGCUCUCCCAGCUUCAAACACUCCCAAUAAGCAGAGUCUAAGUAUCAGAUGUGCUCGUGUUGGUGGUGUGGAGAUUCCGGCUAAUAAGAGGAUUGAGUACUCUCUUCAGUACAUUCAUGGGAUUGGUCGAACUAGGGCUCGUCAGAUUCUUGUUGAUCUUCAGAUGGAGAACAAGAUCACUAAAGACAUGGCUGAGGAAGAACUCAUCAUUCUUCGUGAUGAAGUCUCCAAGUAUAUGAUUGAGGGUGAUCUGAGGAGGUUUAAUGCUCUUGCGAUCAAGAGGUUGAAGGAGAUCCAAUGUUACCGUGGGGUAAGGCACAUCCAAGGAUUGCCAUGUCGGGGACAGAGAACCAAGAACAAUUGCAGGACUCUUAAAGGCAAGAAAAUUGCCAUUGCAGGGAAGAAGAAAGUUUCCAAAUAACCAUCUUCAUGAUUUCCUUCUUGUUCUGUAAUACUCUUUUUAGUUUUUUUUUGUCUAGUCUCUCUGUUUAAAAUGUGAUUUGUAAUUCUAAGACUUGGUUCGAAAUGAGCACUUUCCAGUAUAUCUUCGGCUUCUUGGCUAUUACUUAUUA